AUGCUCGCCUCCAAAUCUACCUUCGCGCUCCUUGCUUUGCUUGCUCCUUUGGGGCUGCAGGUGGCGAGCGUGGCUGUCGAUACCCGGCCUAUCGUGACUGUCACCUCGAUCAUUCCGGGCGGUAAAGGCCCCAUGUACGCGAUCGAACAAGGGCACAAGUUCGCGGUAUUCAAGGCAGCUGGCAUCAUGCAGGCGAUAGAGAUGAAGUAUGCGGUCAAUGAGGGAGAUGACCCGGAGAAACAGUUUACCUUGAUCGAGUGGACAGACACUGAAGUGCGCAAGGUUGACGCGGCCCCUGCUAGCAACGCGACCUUCAGAGUCUCGACGGAGCUCGAGGGACCAAAGAGCAACCCCAGGUGCCAUCUCGUCAAGCAGCCGGGAGCCACAGUCAAGGACCAGACCUUUGAGUUCAAGGCAGAGUCCAAGUCAUACAUGCUGCCCUGCGACGCCCACAAUGGCGUUGCGAUGGUGUGCGGAGACGCAUUUGAGGAGCAGUCUGAUUGCCAGCCGGGCACCUGGUAG